UCAUGUGACACAAGCUGGUACGCUUGCACAUCCUAACCCUUUCCUCCCGAAUAAAGGCCUGGCCGAAGUGGAUUCCCUCAGGAGAUUGUCACCCCAGAAAACAUGGCAGUUGAGGGGGGUGGUCAAAGGGGCCCUUUGUUCGAACGCAAUGGGGUUCCGGGUACGUCCAGCGCCCCGGUUGAUAUGGACACGGCGAUAGUGCUACUGGGAGCCGGGGUGACGGCGAUAACACAUCCACUGCUCUACGUGAAACUGCUCAUCCAGGUUGGUCAUGAACCUCUGCCCCCCACAGUGGGAACCACCAUGUUUGGGCGGAAGGUGCUGUACCUUCCUGGAUUCUUCUCUUAUGCGCGGCACAUCGUACGCGUGGAUGGAAAGAGGGGGCUUUUCCGUGGCCUGUCGCCUCGUGUCAUGUCAAGUGCCAUCUCCACCAUUGUGCGCACCAAGGUCAAACAGACAGUUCCGGCAGAAGACACGGAGCAGGUGUCCAAUAGGGAUGACCUGAAGACGUCCUUCAGGAAGGUGGUCAGGGAGACCUCUCACGAGAUGGUGGUCCAGUGCCUAUCCCGAAUUGCCACACAGCCCUUCCAUGUCAUCUCUGUGCGCUGUAUGGCUCAGUUUGUGGGGAGGGAGGUCAAGUACAGGGGUCUGUUCAGCUGCAUCGCCAAAAUCUUCCAGGAGGAAGGCGUGGGUGGUUUUUUUGUUGGCCUGAUACCCCACGUCUUGGGUGAGGUGAUAUUCCUGUGGUGCUGUAACCUUCUGGCUCACCUCAUCAACACCUACGCUGUGGAUGACAACUUUAGCCAAGCCCCGGCAGUGAGGAGUUACACUAAGUUUGUAAUGGGGAUCGCGGUCAGCGUGUUGACGUACCCUUUCAUGCUUGUGGCAGACCUCAUGGCGGUAAACAACUGUGGGCUGGCAGCUGGUCUCCCCCCAAACUCCCCCAUCUUCAAGUCCUGGGUCCAUUGUUGGAGACACCUCGGUGUCCAGGGUCAGCUGUUCCGGGGCUCCAGUUUCUUCUUCCGCAGAGCACCUUUGGCGGUAACGGCCUUGGAUUGACCUCCGUCUCGACCUUGCCUUUGACCAUGGAGUGACCUGACCUUUGACCUUGGUGUGUCCUCCACCACUGUUUGCCCUUAAAACCUUGGUACUUUGAGGAGACUAAAAAGUAGCCAAAACCCUGUUCUGUAUUUUUGUUACACUCUGGGGAGGUGGACACAGCAGACAUUUCCCUUCACUAAUUUAUUAUAUUGUUUGCGUUGUUUGCCUACUUUCGUCUGAUACAAGCAAUUUAUUUUACUGAACAAGGUAUUAACCUCUACUCCGGAGUAGGCACAGCCACUUGCACAACAAGAAAUAUAUGUAUUUUUAUGCUUUUGUUAAUGAUGUUUUAUGUUGUUAUUUUUUUAAUGGAAGGCAUUCAGGACAAGACCUUGCUCAUUCUGUUCAGCUUGCCUGUUGAAUUGUACACAGGCUGUUACUUUUUAAAAGGGCAUUUUCUUUCCAAUUUGACCAAUUGAAAGUUGCGGAGGCCAGUUCUAAUCCUGCCAUAAUUUCUGAACACAUUGUAUCCACUUAGUAAUUGUAAUUCAAGGCUAUUUCUCAGCCAUAUAUCAAUGUGUUUAAAAGGAAUUCAAGAUUAAUGUAAAACAAAAGGAGUCUUUCAGUUAUUCUACAAGCAGCUAAAGAUGGAGGAGAUAAGGCCGCAAAAAGGAUCUGUCAUCACACUUACAAACCAAGCUGUUAAAAUCAAUUCAUUGUUCAUAAUCUCCAUUUUAAAUGGCAUGUUUUCCCAAAAACAAGUCUCAGCCAGAAGUUCACUACAAUGUUGAAAAUACAUGGUUGGCUUUGUGAAAAGUAGUAUAUGUGAAAAUAUAAAAUCCGUAAUAUGAGGAACAUAAGGAAUUUACACCCCCGGUCAAAAGUUUGGAAUCACCUUGUCUUUUUCAAUAUUUUAUUUUCUCUGUAAUCAAAGAAUUCACACAUGGUCAAAGCACAGGCUGAGAUCAUCUAUUAAGGGUAUUUUUUUGUCCAUUUUGGUUGCACCAUGCAGUAAUUAGAACUUUUUAUAUGUAGUCCCCCAUUUCAAUGUUUGAGACAAAUUAUGUCAAAUAAAAGAGUCGUGUUUUGUAUUUGGUUGCAUAUCCUUUGCAUGCCAUGACUUCCUGAUGUCUGUGACCCAUCAACAUCAUCAGAGUCUGGAUAUCUUAUUCUUUUAUUUGACAUUAUGUUAAUUUGUCUCAAACAUUGAAAUUGGGGCAACCUAUAAAAAGUUAUGUAAUUACUACAUGGUGAAACAAAACUGUAUAAAAGAAUACGCUUUGAUAAAUACGCUCCUGUGCUUUGACCAUGUGUGAAUUCUUUGAUUACAAGCAGAGAAAAUAAAAUAUUAAAUCAGAAAAAGCAGUAAGGUCAAGGUGAUUCCAAACUUUUGAUCGGGAUUGUACUUCUGAUCAACUAUGCAGCAUGUUAGAUGUGUCAGUUAUUGCCAUGUUUAUGUGCUCAAUGGAGUCCAUAUAUUGUAGAACCCCCCCCUCUUUUUCCUUUUUUUUUCAUCCAUGUUGUGAACAAAAAAGUAUUCAUCAGGGAACACGUAUAGACUUGUGUUGAUAGAAUAAUUCAAAUAAUUUCUUACUGGAGGACAAGUUGAAAUCACAUUUUUCAGAAGCAUUUUGUUUUGUUUAUACAUCUCUUGUCAGAUAUCCAGGGUAUUAGUGCUGUUUUCCACUCCUAGUCUUGCUGAAAGGAUUGUUUAAUUUAAUGCAUAAUGUAUGCAUCAAUGUAGAUAUGAAAGUUGAAAUUAUUUAUAUAUUUCGAACUAUACACUCACUGAGUACUUUAUUAGGAACUUAUUCAUGUGAUUAUCAGAUGACCAUGGGAUGAUUGUUGUUGCUAGACAGGGUGGUUUGAGUAUCUCAGAAACAGCUGAUCCCCUGGGAUUUUCACAACAGUCUCUAGAAUUGGCAGAGAAUGGUGUGAAAAACAAAAAACAUCCAGUGAGCAGCAGUUCUGUGGUCAGUAAUGCCUUGUUAAUGAGAGAGGUCAGAGGAGAAUUGCCAGACUGGUCAAAGCUAAUAGAAAGGUGACAGUAACGCACAUAACCAGGCAUUACAACAGUGGUAUGUAGAAGAGAACCUCUUAAGUGGAUAGGCUACAGAUAAAUACCUAAUAAAGUGCUCACUGAGUGUAUGUUGGAUACUUUGACCAAUGUCUAAAUGUACAUUUUCCAUACAUUUAGGAUUUUGCAUUUUAUCACAUAUGUAACUUUUUCAUGGGCCAAACUGAGCUUCAAACUGAGCUUCAAGCUGAGCCUACAGGAAAUGGUAGCACUUAUUAGUCACUGACUUUUGUAUGCUCCCCAUUGGGUAUAUUAUUAAUGACUGAUAAUAUUACAUGUUCUUUGUGUCCAUUCAUUCCUCAGUGUUCUCUUCGGUAACUUCCAUGGUGCCCCAGUAGGGUCGUGUGCAUUCGUAAAAAAGAGCAGAGCAUGAAGCCAAGAGCGAUACAUACUGAGAGAUGUGUUCGCUAGCUAUUUUACUACUUAGUUUGAAGCACUUUAAAAUACAUUUUUGAACAUGAUUACAUUUCAAAAGCAAAAUGUAAAACUUAACAGUGUAAUAUUUUAGCAUUUUUAAGUUUGUGCUUUUAAAAUGUCACAGAUGCUCCUUGGUGUAUUGUGUUGUGUGCAUGUGUGUUUAAUCAGAUAUUGUUGCAGUUUGAAAUCUGAUUUGCCUUGCAAAUUGAUCUCAGAAAAAAAAAAAACUAAAGAAAUAAAUGCAUCUCUUUUGA